GGGUUGCUGCUCACUCCGUCACUGCGCGGCUCCAGCUCAGCAGCCAUGUACUCACUGUGGAGGAACCUGAACGCAACUCGCACCGUCGUUUCUUCGUCGUCGUGUUGCGCCGCGACGGACCUCUCCUCCGCGCGGCCGCGACGCGCUCUGGUUGCGCGCGGCGACGCGCGACUCUCGUGCGUAAAGCCCACCGGCGCCAGGCGCCUCUCGGGGAGGCGCUUCAAUGUGCCCCCGAGCGCCGAGUUCGUGGCCCGGGUGUCGGGGAUCCCCACCAUGGCCAAGUUACCGUUCCAGGAGACGGCGGAGGGGCUCGACGCGGCGUUCGUCGGCGUCCCGAUUGACACCGGGACGUCCAACCGACCCGGAGCGAGGUUUGGUCCGCGUCAGAUGAGAGUGGAGUCGGCCAUGCUGAGGGCCUACAACAGUGGCACCAGGGCGGCGCCCUAUGAGUCCCUGAUGGUGGCCGACAUCGGGGACGUCAAUGUGAAUGUGUAUGACCUGAAGGACACCUGCAAACGCAUCAGGGAGGCCUACAGGAUCAUCCUGGCUACUGGCUGUAUCCCUCUGACUAUGGGUGGCGAUCACACAAUUGCAUAUCCGAUCCUGCAAGCUGUUGCUGAGAAGCACGGCCCGGUGGGUCUGGUCCAUGUGGACGCUCACGCCGACACCAGUGACGUGGUCCUGGGGGAGAAGAUCGGACAUGGCACUCCGUUCAGACGCUGUGUGGAGGAGGGGCUGCUGGACUGUAAGAGGGUGGUCCAGAUCGGCCUGCGGGGUUCAAGCUACUCUGCAGAUUCAUACGAGUGGAGCCGGGCCCAGGGCUUCCGUGUGGUCCAAGCCGAAGAGUGUUGGUUCAAAUCUCUCGCGCCUCUGAUGGCUGAGGUCAGGGCUCAGAUGGGCGGCGGCCCGGUGUACCUCAGUUUCGACAUCGACGCCCUCGACCCGGGCUUCGCCCCUGGAACAGGCACACCGGAGAUAGCGGGGCUUACUCCCAUCCAGGGAGUUGAGAUCAUCCGGGGCUGUCGUGGUCUGAAUCUUGUCGGAUGUGAUCUGGUGGAGGUGUCUCCACCUUAUGACACCACAGGGAACACUGCACUGACUGGCGCCAAUCUCCUCUUUGAAAUGUUGUGCGUCCUCCCAAAAGUUAAAUAUUACUGAUCAGAACCUCACGGAACAGGACAAGUGCCUUGUUAACAAUCAAUAACUACAUAUCAAAUGCUGUUCUGCUGAAUACGCCGGUAAAGGACGGGACAUUCUGCAAUAAUAAUUUCAUUUGAUCACAACCAUUAAAUAAACUUAACCAACUGUUAAUCUGA